AUGCCGACGACAAUAGAGAAGUUACUAGGCCAGCGGCUAAGUUUGAAAAAUAUUAUUGACCGUUUCGUCAGUAAAAUAGAAGAAGCGAGCGAUGAAGACGAUGACAUUCAGUUCCAAGCGCUUAUCGAGAAAUUAGAAGAAAAAGUGGCAUGUCUGCUAGUCCACAAUGAUAAAAUUCUCUCGCUCACCGACGCCGACGCUGCGCCAGAGGAGAUGGUCGAGGCAGAAGAGUAUACCUUCAACGUAGAGGUCAAACUACAAAGAUACAAGCAGCGUCUACAGCGGCCUAACAUUGGCAUCACAGACGCCGCAGAUUUAUUAUCGCAUGCAUCCGGUUCCGGUAGUCAGCAGGCAUCCGGUCCACUACCACCAAACAACCAACGCAGGGUGAACACCAAUUCGUCAAACAACAGCGGCCAGUCAGCGCCCGAGAUAAUCGCGAGUUUGAGAGGGUUUUACGACCGCAUGGAAACGUAUAUCCGGGGUCUUGAGUCGCUAGGACAACAUCAAGAUAUGUACGGUAGCCUAUCGGUGUCAGUUGUAUUGGAAAAAUUGCCGAUGGAUAUACGUAAAAAUCUCGCCCGCGUAAACGAGAAUAUUGACUGGUUUUUGCAAGAUCUGCGACGAGCGAUUAACAAGGAAAUCAACAUUCUCGAGAUCGGCACCGGAAGUUCCUAUGCGUUGCCGGAAGUUAGCGACUACAACUCAACAGCAUUGUUUCAUGCAAGUGCGAAUGGUAAGAAGACUUCAUACACUCCUAGCAACAAGUUUGGCAAAAGGAAUACGCAAAAUUAUUCUAGAACAUGUGCAUUUUGUGAUCAAGAACAUUUAAGUUGUGAAUGUAAAAACUUUCCUGACACUGCUGCCCGAAUGAAUGUUGUGAAACAGAAACAGCUUUGUUUUAACUGCUUGGGUAAACACCGAAUCACAGAAUGCAAGUCAAACGGACGCUGUCAAAACUGCCACCGGAAGCAUCACACUUCUAUCUGUAAGGAGCUACAAAGAAAACCGGAAGUUGAAUCGCCGCAACCGGAAGCCGCCGUAUUCUUCUCGUCUACAAAGAGGUCGAACGCAGACGUUAUAUUAAAGACCGCCAUUGCCCCUGUUUCGUCGUCUCACACUACAACGGAUGCCGCCAUAUUAGUCGACGAAGGCGCACAGCGAUCCUUUAUCACCAGAAAGCUUGCUGACGAUCUUCAACUAGAGAGUGAUGGAAUAGAGACACUGAGCCUGACGGGAUUCGGAGGAAGUAAUAACAGAAGCUUACAGCAAUUAGAACGCACGACAGUGUACAUAGUAUCGAAGAAAAAGAAAAUACCUGUUAGUGUGCUCAUUGUCCCCACUAUUGCGGCUCCCAUCAACUGUGGGUAUCUUAGAUCGACUGCGGAACUUCCGUAUCUGCGGGGAUUGAAGUUGGCUCAUCCCGUUACAGGUGACACGUUAUUUCACAUUUCAUUACUCGUUGGAGCUGACCACUAUUGGGAUAUGGUCGAAGAUCAUGUUGUUCGAGGGAACGGGCCGACCGCCGUUAAGUCUAAGAUUGGUUAUUUACUGUCCGGUCCGAUGCCCUCCACGUCUUAUGUGCCAGCUGAUAAGCACAUAUUGAAUGUACUUGCAUCGCGCGCCCCAGAAGACAGCAUAUUAGAACGUUUCUGGAGUCUUGAGAGCAUGGGUAUCUCACCUUGUGAACCUGACCGGAAGUCUGUCGAGUACCUAAAGCAAUAUCAAGAGACAUCUAUUGAGUACGACAACGGAAGGUACCAUGCCAAACUACCAUGGAAGCAAGAUCUCCCUGCUCUACCAACAAACCACAAUAUAACUUUGAAGAGAACUGUUGGGACUAUUCAGAGGUUGCGCAACGAACCGGAAGUGCUUCGGGCAUAUGGUGACAUCAUAGCAGAACAGGAAAGACGUGUCUUUAUCGAGCGGGUACCACUUGGUCAAGAGUCAGCUGAACAAGUGCACUACAUCCCUCAUCACCCGGUGAAAAAAGAAUCAUCAACGACACCCAUACGCAUCGUCUACGAUUGUAGCUGCCGUCAGUCACGUGAUUCACCAAGCUUGAACGACUGCCUGGAAUCAACGCCACCGGAAUUGAACGAGCUUACGUCGAUUCUUGUUCGUUUUCGGUUGAAUCCGUACGCUGUCUCCACAGAUAUAGAAAAUGGCUUUUCUACACGUCGGGCUACACGAAAAGGAUCGUGA